CCCACCCAUUUUGACUUGUACUAGAAUUGACUUAAGAAAGAACAUGUUUCAACCGGAACCCGUUUUUACCCAUAAUCUAACCUGUCCGGCCCACCUAUCUGCCACCUCUUUUUGGAGGUUAGGUAUAUGGAUAUGCUGGCUAAACAUGGAUAUGGUUUUAGGUUGCACAUGCCGUGGCAAGACAUGCAGCAGAGCAGAUUACAAAGAACCUCUGGUUUACCAUCGGGCAGCUAAUUUUGUAUCAGUUUGUUAUGCCAGAUCUGGUCAACACAAUGUCAAAUCUUCUGCUUAAGCUUCCUUUCUCCCGAAGGAUGGAGAUUGAAGCAGACUACAUAGGGGUGCUGUUGAUGGCGUCAGCUGGGUACGAUCCACGGGUGGCUCCAAAGGUAUUUGAGAAAUUGGGACAAGUAUCGGGUGAUUCUGCUUUGCGAGACUACCUUUCUACACAUCCAUCUGGAAAGAGAAGAAGUAAACUGCUAUCUGAAGCUAGUGUGAUGCAAGAAGCGAUCUCUAUAUACCGAGAGGCCAUAGCCGGACGAGAGGUUGAUGGUUUUUUCCUUUAACUAUCAACCAACCUAGUUUGUAUGAUGAUAUUUACUGAUGAUGCAGUUGUUCAAAUGAUGUUGGAAGAUGGAUGGUUUUUUACAUACAUAAUAAUGCGUCUAAUAGUUGGAAAUAUGAAAGUG